AAAGAUUGCCCAGACAGAGUUGGAGAAUCUAAAGACCCUGCAGCGACUAGACAGAACCAACAAAGCCAACAUGGUCCACAUGAAGGAGCACUUUUACUUCCGCAAUCACCUCUGCAUCACCUUUGAACUAUUCGAAAAGGACCUCCAUAAAGCUCUAGUGGAAAGUAAAUUGCGACGACUGUGCGAGACCGACAUCAGGAAAUAUGCUAUCGAUGUGCUAAAGUGUCUGAAGGUGCUCAAAGAUGUGCAACUCAUCCACGGAGACUUAAAACCGGAAAACAUUCUGUUGGACAAGGAAAACAACGCUGCCGUUAGUGACUUCGGGGGGAGCAUCUUUAUCCGAGGCCGGCCCACCAAUCAGACACUGGCGUACAUGGCUCCGGAGCGUCUCCUUGGCAGGUGUUGCACCACAGCCUCGGACAUGUGGAGCCUAGGCUGCACGCUGGCUGAGCUCGACUGGGGCUUAUUUCUCUUCAAAGGCAAAGACAAAGGCGACAUUUUCAACUGUAUAACAAAGGUGCUGGGCCACCCACCAUUAGACUUACUGGCUGCUGCGACCAGGAAAAACUACCAUAUCGAGAGCUCAGACUCCGAAGACAAAAAGCAACCAAAGACUCCCCUGGCCACCAAACUGAAGUCUAAAAAUCCAAAGUUCCUGGACUUUAUUCGGUGCUGUCUCGAAUACGAUGCAACAAAGCGGCUUACCCCGGAGAAGGCUUUGCGACAUCCGUGGAUCAAACAGGCAACCAAACACACAUAUAACAGACCGACCAUAAGCAGUUUACUGAAGAGAGAGAAGAUUCCGCCGCCAAUGUUGCAGCCAGCGACACAAUUCAAAUAAGCUGGUGAGAUUGAAGAUAUCAGUCUGGCUGAAAAGAUCUUUCUGAGAGCUUGACCUAACAAAAAAAAUGAAAGGCUUGACCCAAUGUGUUUGUAGUCCCAUGUUGCUAGGCAGCUUUAGGGAAAUAUCUCAGGAGAGCACUUAAAAAAUAUAUUUUGUAUAGUUCCUAGGUGGCUCAGUCUUGAUAUGGCAGUGCACGAGUCACCCUCCCUUUUUGAGCCUUUAUGAACAUGGCUUGUUGUGAGUGGGCAGUUCUGUCUCACCCACUCAGCUGCAAGGCCAUUCAUUUCUAACCAUGAUGAAAGACAAAAUGGAUUGCCGAUAUUUCAUCAGUGGAAGCAAUUAAAAUCACAUUUCUACAAAAACUCCACAAACAGCAAUAUGAUGCUUAUUGCUAUGUACAGUACACCCUUUGAAGCACGUCAGCAGAACAGAACGUUAACCAAGAUGGACAAAAAGCUUUUCAAAGUUUAAUUAAU